AUGGCUCAUUCUACAGCCACAGCGAGCAAUAAGAAGACUCAACAGCUCGUCGAGUACCUCGGACUUUCACAGGCUGAGUUGAACGCUCCUGUUUCCGUCGAAGAGGUUCGCAGCAUGUGCGAGUACCUCGGCAUCGGCGAGGAGGAGACCUUUCUCAUCCGUUUCGCUGUCAGCGCAUUGCAAGCUCCUAUCCCCAAGGACUGGAUGGUGCUCAAGGACAAGCAAGGAGUCCCGUUCUACUGCAACAGGAGGACGAAGAAGACGAGCUACAGGCAUCCGUCGGACGAGAUGUUCAUGCAGCGAGUCAAGGCAGAGAGGAGGAGGUGGGAGGAGCUUACCAGGAGCGAGCGAGAUCGUCUGCUCCUGCAGCACAAAUGGAUGAGGUUUGAGGAAGAAGACGGCAAGACCUUCUGGAAGAAACUCUGA